GUUAAAAUGACGAACUGGACGUAAACAAACCAGCGUGCGAGGGAGGCAAGCUGGAACGUGUUGCCGAUGAAGGUGCAGAGCCAUGGAGAACCUUCCCCUGCAGAGCCAAUACCUGCCCCUCGGUGCCACACGCAUCAGGGAGAUCAAGUCCAUCACCGCCAAGAUUGAAAACUGUGAGCAUGGGGGCCGAGCCUUCCAGAAGCUGCCACGCCACAUGCAGCGCCGUGCCGUGUCUGCCAACCCACGCCGCCUCCCUCGCUACCUGCGGGAACGACACAUGAGAGAGGGCGGCGGCAGCACCAAGCCCAGCCACCGUCCCCGUAGGAAAUACCGCAGGCGCCCAGCGAACCUUCUGCAGGAGUACAACCGCCGUCAGAAGAAGUACGUGUGGCUGGAAACGCACGUGUGGCAUGCCAAGAGGUUCCACAUGCACAGGCAGUGGGGUUAUGCCUUGCCUCGGACCCCAACUUGCAGAGGGUACCGGGCAAGCCUGAGGGCAGCCACUACAGGGUGUCUUCUCCAGGAUGUAUCUUACCUGUGCUGCAUUGAGCUGGUAGGAGUCAAGAGCACCAUCCUUCAGGGCCUGUCCAGAGCCUUGCAGCCAGAGAGUCUUGCUACACUCACCAGUCCUGAGGUGCUUGCAGGGAGGCACUGGCUGUCCUCUGUGUUCUUCCAGCCUGAGAGACAUCCAUAUGGUGCACUGGCAGAGGUGGACAUCCUAUUUCAUCCUCCACAGCACAGCGAUGGGGAGGAGAGAGUGAAGCUUUGGCUAUGGACUCACCCUUCUGCUCACACUCACAUUGUAGAAGCUUUGACUGAAGUGCUGCAUCUACACAAAGUUCUUGCCAGCAAUGAAGGUGUUCCUGAGUCUUCUGGCAAAGCUGCUGGUGACCAAGAGGAACCAGGAGGCAGAGAACUGAAAGACAAAUCUGAGGCUGAGGAAUGUAGGAAAGAAAUACACGUAGAUGAAAGGAAAAGUGAGUCUGUACCAGGAAAAGAGGAAGUCACUCAACACACAAAAAUGGAAGCUGAGGAAUGUAGGAAAGAGUUGUCUGUAGGUGAUGUAUCUGAGGGGAAAGACGAGGCUGUACCAGGAGAGGAAGAUCAAGGGGAAACUAAGGCAUGUGAGAAGGAAACACCUGAAACUAAAACACCAGACCCGGAAGAGAACAUCCAUCUCACUCAAAGUACAAAAAGAGACCAGAGGAGGAAAAAAUCAAAGAAAUCAAAGAACGUCAAUGUGGAAAAGCUUGAAACCCGAAACGUUCCCUUUGAGAGAACCCCAAAGUACAUCUCAGGUGACGGCAGCACGAGUAUGACAUUGCUGAAAGACACACUUAACAGAUUCAGACUCCUUGGGCCGAGAGCGUAUAGUGUGUUGUCCUCCACUGCUGUCCCUGCUAAUGUGGCUGUGGAGGAGGAGGAGGAGGUGGAGGGGACGGUAGAGUGUGUGGAAGUAAAGGAAGCGUGGUGGAGGCAUUACUACAGAGAGGAAGGAAGGCUGCAGAGUCAUCAGAAGCAGGUGGCGGCAUGGAAGCAGCUGGCAUCCUGCUCUCACCCGCCAGGCAAGGUUGUGCUGCCACUAACAGUUCGGGACCCAAGAGUCAUGCUCCCCACCAAGAAGGUCCCAAUUGUGGAUGAAGACUCAGAUCGUGUCAAGCCAGCCAGCCUUGAGGAGUGGCCAGUAGAGAGUGCCAUGUACAGCAGCGACCUCAGGGACCAGAUCACCCUCUCCAAGGAGUCCGAUGCUGCCCUCAACCCGCGCUCACAGUUCCUGGUGCCGGGAUCCCAGCUUCCCGAGACACCACAGGAAGCACGUCUUCCUCUUCUACUGCUCUCCCGCCCUCCAACAUCUGCUGGUCUUGGCAGUGGAUGGGAUGUUGUGACUCCAGCCGGGUGGGGAAUGAGUGUGUUCCUGCCGCUGGUCUUCAGUGGAGGAGUAGUGAACGGUCAGCACGAGGCAGAGAACCUUCAUUUGGAGGCCCUCACGUCCCUGCCACCCCACCUCCUCCCUGACACACCUGCUGGAGACCUGCACUGCACCUGGCUGGCUGCUGAGAGGCACCAGGAAUUCUUCAAAAGGCCACCUGCCAGCAGACACAACUACAUCAAGCUUGGUGUUCAGUUUCCAUUUACCCAGCCUUGGCGGAAACUGCUGCAGGAAUGGCAGCCGGGGAUACUGGACUUCUUUGUGCUGAGGGAGGAAAGACUCCUCCAGUGCUUGUCUCAGCUGAUUCACAAUGUUAGGAAGACCAGUAGUAAGAAGGGUGAGAAAGAGGAAGCAGCCGGUGGCACAAGUACUUCAAGCACUGAUAGCAAAACAAGUAAGACAGGAAAAGGAUUCACUUACUCAAGCAGUAAUGGCAAUGCUGCUACAACCACUGACACCAAACCUGAGAAGAGGAAAGCAGAGGAUGUCAUGAGCUGUAAAGAAACCAAAAAAAUAAAGCUUGAACAAUCACAAGAAAACACUCAGAUUUGUGCUGCAGAAGAGAGUGUGAGUGGGGAGACAGCCGGCAUGCAGGAGCUGACGGUGGCGAGCCCUGUCAGUCUGGUAAUGGUGCAGCUGGUCCUGGCACACAAGGGCACCAUGGAGCCAUGUGCCAUGGUGUGUCUGCCUCAGGACAAAGACUUCUUUCCUGAUGAUGGUUUGUUGAGGCUGAGGGAGCAAGGAGAGGCCCUGAAGGAACCUCUGCAUGAGGACCUCAACCAUGACCGUCGGGCAAAGAUGAGAGAGGAACAUUCCAAGAUCCAGGGCCGGUUGAGGCGAGUGCGGCGCAGGGCCCGACAGAGCGUGGCCAAGGAGAUGGACUUUGUGACAGCCGCCCACUCCACACAGACCCUCAAGGACGCCACCACAGAAGCACUCAGGAAGGUGGAUAAGGAGAAUGAGGCAAUCCUCAAGAAGCAUUCAUCAUACAAGGAGGAGAUGGAGAGUGCCUGGCUGAUGGGUGCCAACGACCCCCUGCAGUGCUGUGCCCGCACCAUCAUGGGCUACAUCACGCACGGCACCUUCAGCUACACCCACGGGAAGGCGGCUGGCAUUGGCUGGGUGGCACUUAAGCCGCUCCUUCGGCUUGUUGAGCAGUGCAGGGAAGGCAGAGGUCAGAGUAGUUUGUUGGAAGCACCUAGUAGAGGGAAAUGCACCAAGAGUCUCCCAGUGCUGGUGAGAAACCCAUCCACUGUUCAGUAUCGCUGGGCACACUUGUCCUUGGUAGAGAACCCACCGCCAGGGUCAGCAACAGGCUAGUAGUAACAGCACAGCAGAGGUUCAGUUGUUGUCAGAAGUUGGGCAAUCUGCUACAGUCACUCCCACUGUGCUGUGUUUUCCCUCAGUCUCAAGUCUGAUCCACUGGCAUUCUGUCUGUCUACAUGCCUGGCUGGUAAUCCCACAUGGCACAGACAAAGCACCUCAGCCAAACGCACACCAUUCACAUGCUUAGCUCACUCAGCGCUCGGUAGAAAAAGAAACCUUACAAAAAACAGAACUAGAUUGAGGGAAAAUGCUUAACACAGUGGAAGUUGAGUGUGUGGGAAAUGUGUUUGACCAAAAGACAGUAAAAGUUUCUACUCAUCACAA